AUGAGGAACUACACACUGCUCAAUGAAUUCAUCCUCCUGGGGAUACCUCACACACAAGGACUGGAGACUCUACUCUUUGUUGUGUUCUUAUUCAUCUACUUCUUCACCUUGCUUGGAAAUUCACUCAUUUUCACAGCAAUUGUUUCCUCAUCUACGCUUCACACUCCCAUGUAUUUCUUCUUGGGCCUUCUAUCCAUUUUUGAUAUGCUGUUCCCAUCAGUAACCUGCCCCAAGAUGCUACUUUAUCUCUCUGGUCAGAGCUCCUCCAUCUCUUACAAAGGCUGUGCUGCCCAGCUCUUCUUUUAUCACCUCCUGGGUUCUACUGAAGGCUGCCUCUAUUCUGUGAUGGCUUAUGAUCGCUAUGUUGCCAUCUGUCACCCACUGAGAUACAUGCUCAUCAUGAAACCUGGAGUGUGUGUGAGCUUGGUAACAAUAGCUUGUUCAGUGGGGUUUCUUCAUGCCACCAUCCUGACCUGUUUUACCUUUCAUUUAGUCUACUGUGCAUCUAAUCAAGUGGACUAUUUCUUCUGUGACCUUCCUGCAGUUUUGCCUUUGGCUUGCUCUGAUAGCAGACUGGCUCAGAAGGUGGGUUCCAUUAAUGUUGGCUUUCUGGCUCUGAUGCUUCUCUUCAGUGUUUGUGUCUCUUAUGCACACAUUGGGAUUGCCAUUCUGAGAAUCCGUUCAGCAGAGGGCAGGCAGAAGGCAUUCUCCACCUGCAGUGCCCACCUCACUGCCAUCCUCUGUGCCUAUGGACCAGUAAUAAUCAUCUACCUGCAGCGCACACCAAACCCCCUGCUUGGUGCUGUGGUGCAAAUAUUAAAUAAUAUUGUCUCACCCAUGCUGAACUCUUUAAUCUAUUCACUGAGGAACAAGGAAGUGAAGAGGUCCUUGAAGAGAGUUUUCCAGAAUGUGUUCAGAAACAAAUUUGGACAUAAUAAUGGUAUUUUAAACUCUCUUUCUUAG